GAGGAGGAAGAGCCAAUCACAAUAUGGCUGCGGUUCCAUCGUGCACUGCGCCCUGUAGCAUCCUACCUGAAAUAAUGCGAUUAUCCUGAGUUUUAUGACGGAAGGUGAGCGGUGACACUCGCAGGAGCAUUACCGGGCCCCUGACACCCGGAUGUGCGCAGCAUGUGACAGCCGGUGCUCUGCUCUCAUCCCUGGAGGAAACGGACCGAGACUGACGGUGAUGUGACAGCAACAGUCUAUUGAUACAAACAUGGAGAAUAUGAAAUGUGGAGGUUAUUCUCCUAAAAGCCUAAACAGAAAAUGGAUACUUCUGGUCUCCGGGGUCCUUCUCGUGUGGUUGGUAUUGGUUCACCUCCUCGUCAGCGCAUGGCUUCUCCUCCUCUUCUCCGCCAUCAUGGCUGCCAUCGGAGCGUGGCUUGGGCCACAGCUCAUACUCGACUGUCGGACCCAAAUACACCUCGAAAGGUUUAUUUCCUUAGAGGAAAGCAGCCAAUCUCCAGACGCAGAGGGCGAGUUGGACAAAGAGAUCGCGGUCACCAUCCAGAAGAUCGUCAGAGACUUCGUCUCAUCCUGGUACCGGAAACUUAGCCAUGAGACGGCCUUUGAGGACGAGGUGAGAACGGCGAUGUGGUAUCUUUCCAUGGAGCUGAAAAGAAGGUUGAGUGGCACCAGUCGGGAAGAGCUGACCCGGAAGUUACUGAUUCUUGGAGGCUGCCAUCUGCAGGGCUAUAAGUGGGCCAAAGCACGAGUCGAAGGAAUCCCGUCCCAGGCGGAGAGGGAAUCGAGGUUAUGGGAAGCGUACCAAGAACUAAGCCCAACUCACCGAGCGCUUUCUGAUUUCAGAGGCGAGGUUGACCAUGCUAGAUACGUGGUGGAUCUCUUGCUGCGGGAGCUCGUCCCAAGGCUUCACUUGGAGAGUCGCACCGGGCGACACUUAGUUGUGGAGUUAAUCGCGUGUAACGUUGUGUUACCUCUGGUGGGCAAAAUGUCGGAACCGGACUGGAUUAACGUGGUCCUGACCAACAUUUUCUCUAAAGCUCCCUUAAAGGUGGAUGAGGAGACUCAAGAGAUCCCAGUGCAGUUGGUGGUUCCAAAGUCUCUUCCUCUGAAUCAGGAAGUUACCCCGCAGCUCGUUUUGCCCUCACCGCUGCCGGACAACAUCUCCUCCUACGAAGUAAUCGAUAGUAUAGACAUGGAUCAGGAAAGUGAGGGGGGACCGAAAGACCCUUUGGAUGGUACGGAGGAGUUAGCGUCGUGUAAAAGUAAGUCCGACGCUUUCUCUGUACACUACCUGCAGCCUCCAAAUUCUUCAAGCCCUUUCUUUCUCUGUGAUGAAUCGGAGCUGGAAUCCCCUCUUUCUGAUUUGGGGAGGGAAACGGACCCUCCUUUGAUGAACUCGUCUGACGACCUCCUCUCUGACUGCUGCAUGGACUCGAUCACCCCGGCGGAGAGUCCCUGCGUUCCACACGAGGAAAGUGGAGGCUUAAUAGAAGACGGAGGUUUGCUGCUGCUGCCAGGCGGCGUGCCGAGCCGGCCAGAAAUUCUCCUUGAACCUGCAGGACUUGCCCCCGAAUAUAAAAAUACCCCCCAGAACGACAAAGAAGGUCUGAGCCCACUGGAGGUUUCUUCCCUCGUCGCUUCUUCACCGACGGCUCCUCUGCAUCCGUUUAGCUUCGUGCCUCUUAGUAGCCCAGACGGUCCAGUGUUAAUCCAAAACCUCCGCAUCACCGGAACCAUCACUGCUCGAGAACACAGCGGCACCGGCUCCCAUCCGUAUACAUUGUACACGAUCAAGUACGAUACAGCUUUGGACAGCCAGUCCCUGGGAAGUCUGCAGCCCAUGGCCUACCACACGGUCAACCGGCGUUACCGCGAGUUCCUCAACCUGCAGACACGUCUGGAGGAGAGACCUGACCUGCGCAAGUUUGUCAAGCAUAUUAAAGGCCCUAAGAAAUUUCUUCCGGAUUUGCCGUUUGGAAACAUGGAUAGCGAGAAGGUUGAGGCGCGGAAAAGCCUGUUGGAGUCAUUUUUAAGACAACUGUGCGCCGUCCCCGAGAUCGCGAGCAGCGAGGAAGUGCAGGAGUUCCUAGCUCUGAACACAGACGCCCGAAUUGCUUUUGUUAAGAAGCCCUUCCUGGUCUCACGAAUUGACAAGAUCGUAGUAAAUGCCAUCGUGGACACCCUGAAGACCGCGUUCCCUCGUUCUGAGCCCCAGAGCCCCACCGAUGAGUUGAGUGAGAAUGAGGUUGACGGCAAACCUCAGAAUGACAACAAAAAGACCCCAAAAUCACGUCUUCGUUUCCCCUCCAGUAAAAUCGCCCCGGUUCUGACCUCGUCCGACACGCAGGAGAGAAUAAUCUAUUCCUUCCGUGAGAGCAGCGCGGUCUCGGGUGCCACGUCAGUGAGAGCGAUGGAAUCCUUUAUCCAGAAACAGGAUCUGCUGCUGAGAGAGACCCCCUGUGACAGAGCGCCUACCACCGGCCCACCUGAGAGGGCAGAGACCGUUCCCCAGCAGCCUCCAAAAGCAGGGCUGGACGGCGGGCUGGCUUCGGUGGCUCUCGAGGUGCUGUGGAUGGUUAUGAGGGAGCAGUGGAGUUGGCUUUGUACGGAUAAUAUGCAGAAACUCACCCAUCUGCUGUGCGGGAGCCUCAUCCAGCGGUGGUUGGAGGUCGAGGUCUCAAACAUCACCUGCAUGCAGCGAUGGGCUCUGUACCUGCGUUUGCUGCAGCAAGCCAUCUGGCCUGGAGGUGCCCUUCGCAGCCAUCCCCGGCCGCCGAGGACUCAGGAACAAAAGGAUGCGGCUCACAACCAGGCCCUGCAAAGCCUUAUGGGUAUUUUACCAGAUCUGGUGCCAGGAAUCCUGGGGAGGCAGAAAUAUCAGCAGGCCUGGCACUCGGUGCUCGACUCGCUCCAGCACCCCCAGAUUAACAGGCAUUUGAUUUAUUGCAUCUGGGACAUUCUCCUGGAAGGUGUGACUUCGGGUUCCGCGCCGGAGGGGAAUAUCCUCCUUACGUCGGAUCCCCGAAGGAGAGAGCUGGGGCAGAAGGGCAGUUGAUGCGGGGGUUUGGAAGUACCAGAGUACCGAAGGAAUAUAAUAUGUGGCUGGAAAUGCACCCCAUAUCCUCCAUGCAAGUAUUAACCCCAUGUG